CUAGGUUUUCUUUUUCCGGUUCACUCAUCGCUCCGAUCAGGCACGAUGGCGACAGCAGCAGCAGCAGCAGCGACUCCUUCUCAAACUCAGUCAGCGGCUCCGGCCCUGCCGCUCCAGCGAGGCAUUGUCAAACUGGUGCUUUCAGGUAGUGCGAUCAUUGUUCGUGGUCAGCCACGAGGAGGACCCCCACCUGAACGGCAAAUUAACCUUAGCAAUAUCCGUUCAGGUGCCUUAGCACGACGUGUUGCUCCAAAUCAGCCUGAAGCCAAGGAAAUCCCUGAUGAGCCUUGGGCUUGGCCAGCACGAGAGUUUCUCAGGAAGAAACUGAUUGGAAAGGAGGUGUGUUUCACUGUGGAGUACAAGACUCCCCAGGGUCGUGAAUAUGGAAUGGUUUACCUGGGCAGAGAUACAACUGGGGAGAACAUUGCAGAAUCAUUGCUAGCUGAGGGACUGGUUUCAGUUCGUCGGGAAGGGAUUCGAGGAACAAAUCCUGAGCAAGCCAGACUUUGUGAACUCGAGGAGCAAGCAAAAGCAGCGAAGAAAGGAAUGUGGAGUGAUGGAGGCAGUUCACAUACCAUUCGAGAUCUGAAGUAUACUAUUGAAAAUCCUCGUCAUUUUGUGGAUUCUAAUCAUCAAAAACCAGUUAAUGCUGUCAUUGAGCAUGUGCGAGAUGGGAGUGUUGUGAGAGCUUUGUUGCUGCCUGACUACUACCUGGUGACAGUUAUGCUUUCUGGUGUUAAGUGCCCGACAUUUAAGCGUGAAACUGAUGGGACUGAAACUCCAGAGCCAUUUGCAGCAGAAGCAAAAUUUUUUACUGAAUCACGCCUUCUGCAAAGAGAUGUCCAGAUCAUCUUGGAAAGUGUGCAGAAUCAAGUAAUUCUAGGAACCAUCCUACAUCCCAAUGGUAAUAUAACCGAGCUGCUGCUUCGUGAAGGAUUCGCUCGAUGUGUUGACUGGUCGAUUGCAGUUUAUACACAGGGUCCAGAAAAGCUUAGAGCUAGUGAAAGAUCUGCUAAAGAGCGUAAAAUCCGGAUCUGGAAAGAUUAUGUGGCUCCAACAGCUAACAUGGAUCAGAAGGACAAGCAUUUUGUGGCCAAGGUUAUGCAAAUCGUGAAUGCAGAUGCAAUGGUGGUAAAGUUGAAUUCAGGUGAACAAAAGACCAUCCACCUAUCCAGCAUUCGGCCUCCGAGGCUCGAAGGAGAGGUUAACCAGGAUCGAAGGAAACUGCGGCCCCUCUAUGACAUUCCUUAUAUGUUUGAGGCCCGGGAAUUUCUGCGGAAGAAGUUGAUUGGCAAAAAGGUUAAUGUGACAGUGGACUACAUCAGACCAGCCACCCCAUCUACAAAUGUGACCCCAGCAUUCCCUGAACGGACCUGUUCCACAGUUACGAUUGGUGGAAUUAACAUUGCAGAAGCCCUGGUGAGUAAAGGUCUUGCAACAGUGAUCCGUUAUCGGCAAGAUGAUGAUCAGAGGUCUUCUCACUAUGAUGAACUGCUUGCUGCAGAGGCCCGGGCUAUCAAGAAUGCUAAAGGACUGCACAGUAAGAAGGAGGUGCCAAUCCAUCGUGUGGCUGAUAUCUCUGGGGACACCCAGAAAGCCAAGCAAUUUCUGCCAUUCUUGCAGAGAGCUGGGCGUUCAGAGGCUGUGGUUGAAUAUGUCUUCAGUGGCUCCCGUCUGAAACUCUACAUGCCAAAAGAAACUUGUCUGAUCACCUUCCUACUCGCAGGUAUCGAGUGCCCUCGUGGAUCUCGUAACACUCCGACAGGAGUCCAGGAAGGGGAACCGUUCAGUGAAGAAGCUACACAAUUUACAAAGGAAUUGGUGCUGCAGCGUGAGGUGGAGGUAGAAGUGGAAAGCAUGGAUAAAGCUGGUAAUUUUAUUGGCUGGUUACACAUAGACGGGGUCAACCUUUCUGUCGCCCUUGUGGAGAACUCUCUCUCAAAGGUUCAUUUCACUGCAGAGCGGAGUUCCUACUACAAAGCACUUCUAUCGGUUGAAGAGCCUGCCAAGCUAAAACGGGAAAAGGUUUGGUCUAAUUAUGAGGAACAGCCAGCAGAAGAAGCAGUGCUGCAGGUUGCAGAGGAAAAGGAGCGCACAACCAACUAUAAGCCUGUCUUUGUAACUGAGAUUACAGAUGAUCUCCACUUCUAUGUACAAGACGUUGAAACUGGCACUCAGCUGGAAAAAUUAAUGGAGAGUAUGAGGAGUGAGAUAGCAGCUCAUCCACCUAUGGAAGGCUCCUACACACCCCGUCGCGGAGACUACUGUAUCGCAAAGUUCAUCGACGGAGAAUGGUACAGAGCUCGAGUGGAAAAGGUUGAAUCACCUGCCAAAGUCCAUGUCUUCUAUAUUGAUUAUGGCAAUAAAGAGUGUGUGGCCUCCUCUCGUCUUGGUGUUCUGCCACCUGCCUUCAGCACACGAGUUCUACCUGCCCAGGCCACAGAGUAUACCUUUGCAUAUAUCCAGGUGCCACAAGAUGAAGAUGCUAAAGCUGAUGUAAUCGACAGUGUUGUCAGAGACAUCCAGAACACCCAGUGCCUACUAAAUGUUGAAUUUGGAGGACCCAGCUGCUCAUUUGUUACCCUGCAGUUUGCUGAUUCAAAGGAUGAUGUUGGCCUUGGACUGGUCAAGGAGGGGCUUGUCAUGGUGGAUGUUCGCAAGGAAAAGCAUUUGCAAAAAGUGAUUACAGAAUACCUGAAUGCUCAGGAGGCUGCCAAAUCUGCACGGUUGAACCUCUGGCGCUAUGGUGAUUUCCGAGCUGAUGAUGCUGACGAAUUUGGUUACAGGCGCUAAAGAAUCGGACAUGAUGACGGCGACACACCAACUUCCCCUCUGUCCCUCUUCUCUUACUGUCCUCCCUGUCCACAACAAGAGAGACUCUGAUACUACUUUCUCUGUUUUCUCCCUUCAGGCUUUCAGAGUCUCAUUGCACUCAUCCUCUGCACCUUCAGAUGAGCAGUUGGCAGUGCCAGGGGCUGAGAUACUAAUCAUGAUUGGACAAUGAUGUUAAUUUGUGAGAUGAACUGGAAAUGAGUCGCCUGCUUUAAACUGAAAUUCUCUUUCAUUUCACCUUUUCCUUUUGAAAUGCAGAAUAAAUUAACAUGGUAAUUUUUUUCCAUUCAUGUUGGUUUUGAAAAAAUAUAUUCUUUGUUUUAAAAAAAAUUAGUUUAUAAUCACGUAAGACAGGUACUAAGUUGAUCUCAAAUGAGACACAAUUAUUCAAAGAGGCUGCUGACAAUAUAGUCGCACCUGAUUGACGGGUAAUUAAAGCAAGCCUGUUUGAGGAAGAACGCAGGAGCAGAUGUUCCAGGUCGGGACAGAUGGAAUCUUUAAGGGGAAUUGCCAGUGAGACUUAAAAAUGUUUCCAAGUUUCAGAACCCUGUAUAUUGCAUCACUUUUUUGAUGUUAUUUUUCCUAUUAUGCUCUGACAAAUUCCUCUAUAUAACUUGAUGUUGAGUCCAUUUAUGAAAGCAGGCUUAGAAUUUUGUUGAUCAUGGACCUCCCACUCCCUCCCCAUCACCGCCACAGAAGUUGGUUAACCAAAACAGAAUGGGAAGUGGAGAUACCUGAGUUAAUCUUUUUAAAUGUCUUAAUUAUAUAUCAGCAAAACUGCUAAGUGUUGAAGUGAUUUGUCUGCUCAAGCUUGGACCACAUACAGAUCUAAUACGAAGUGCUGAUAGAAUACUCUGAGGGUUCAUGCACAAUCUGCUUAGCAGUCAGUAGCUUAUCUUGAGGAAAAUAUGGGUACAGAUAGCUGAUGCAGAGGAAUUUAUAUUAGAAAGCUAUGUGCCCCUCUCUCUCUUUCUCUCUUUUUCUCUUGUGACUUGAUUGCAAGUGAUUUUUUUCAUUUGUAAUUCUGUAAGUUUAUGAUUUUUUUCCACCCCCAUUCCCUUUCCUCAUCUGAUGUUGUCUCUUGUCAUUAUAUUUAAUGCUUACAGUCUCAAUAAAAAUAGCAUUGGCAACAUA